CUGGUAGGAGGAGGAGGAGGAGACAGAGGACCCAGACGCACCAUGGCAGUAUGCUGUGGAGAUGGAGGCAGGGAGUCCCUCGCAUUCCUUGGCACAAAUGGCCCAUAGCAUGAUGCUCGGUUGCGACAGUCGACGACUAUCAAGAGUCCAAUGGCAGAGUGGCGGAGCAGAAGCAGCUUCAAUUGAAGGCCAUACACAGGCCUAGGUUUAAAACCAAACACAGGCCUCGGUUAAAAAGCGGAAGCCGUCAGCAGCGUGAGCAGACGACAGAGGCACAUGGCGCAGGGUGGUGGUGGAGGCAGCAGCAAUGGAAGGCCAUACAGCA